GAAGUGAAGCAGCACGUUUUAUUUUGUCCCCACAUGACCACAGCUGCUGUCGUCAAUACUGGACUUACAACUUAAAUGCCGCAGGACGAGCCACCAUGGCAGCACGCAGGCUGAGCUUCAGUAACAUCACUGCCCUGGCUCCGAUGGUGCGGGUGGGAACUCUUCCCAUGAGGCUUCUGGCUCUGGACUACGGAGCUGAUGUCGUUUACUGUGAGGAGUUGAUCGACAUCAAGAUGGCCCAGUGUCACAGGGUGGAGAAUGAGGUGCUGGAGACGGUGGAUUUUGUCGCUCCAGAUGAUCGAGUGAUGUUCAGGACCUGCGAGAGGGAGAAGGACAGAGUCGUCUUCCAGAUGGGGACCGCUGACCCCGACAGAGCGCUGACGGUGGCCCAGCUCGUGGAGAAGGAUGUGGCCGCUAUCGACGUGAAUAUGGGCUGUCCGAAAGAAUACUCCACUAAGGGCGGGAUGGGAGCAGCUCUCCUUUCAGAUCCCGACAAGAUCGAGGCGAUCCUCAAGACGCUGGUCUCAGGAGUUUCUGUUCCCGUCACGUGUAAAAUCCGAAUCCUGCCUUCGUUGCAGGAGACGGUCGGUCUGGUCCGGAGGAUCGAGAGGACCGGCGUGGCCGCUGUCGCUGUUCACGGCAGGUUGAAGGAGGAGCGGCCCAGGCAUCCCGUCCACUGCGACUACAUUCAGGCCGUCGCUCAGGCUGUUUCCAUCCCCGUCAUUGCCAACGGAGGUUCUCUGGAUCUAGUGAAGACUAAUGCAGACAUUGAGGGGUUCAGGAAGGCGACGGGCGCCUCAUCCGUCAUGUUGGCCCGCGCCGCCAUGUGGAAUGCGUCGGUGUUCAGCCGGCAGGGGCCGCUUCCUGUGGAGAGGGUCAUGGAGGAUUACCUCAAAUAUGCCAUCCGGUACGACAACCACGCCUUCAACACAAAGUACUGUCUGUGUCAGAUGCUGAGAGACAAGGUGGAGUCUCCUCUGGGGAAACAGGUGCAGGCGGCUCAGACCAACGCUGACAUCAGCGACGCCUAUGGGCUGCAGCAGUUCUACCGGCAGACCCAGGAACGGCUGCAGGCCAGGAGGGAGGCCCUGCAGAGCGGCAGCCAGCCGGACCGACCCGUAAUGGACGGAGAUGUCACCAUCAUGGCUGUCAAGUUUGAGCGGAGGGAGUAUCCUCCUCAGAUCACCCCGAAGAUGUUCCUGCUGGAGUGGAGCCGCCAGCAGAAAGUGGAGCAGCCGCUGUACGAGACGGUGCAGCGCUCUCAGGACCGAGCCUUUCAGUCCAUCGUGACUGUAGCAGAGAAGAAAUACAGAUCUUCACUGUGGGAAAAGUCGAAGAAAUUUGCCGAACAGGCGGCCGCUAUCGUCUGUCUGCGAGUUCUGGGAAUACCGGAGGGUCGUAUCGGAGAGGAAGACUCCGGCCUGGUCUGCAAGAGGAAGAGGGAGGGGAAGGUGAACGGCACCACAGAGGAAGAGGGGAGAAAGAAGCGAACAGGAAACGGACAGCUCGGGGACGGCGGCGGCGGUCGGUGACGGUCGCCCGGCGGACUCGCCUCCAGAGCAGCUGCAGACUGUUUGAACGGCCUCUGACGGUGAACCAGGAGAACAGAUGGAUUAUUAAUUAUUGUUUCCUGUCGUACAGUCAGAUUAUAGAAAGGCACGAACUCUAAUUAUUUACUCUUACAGUUAAGAGAAGCAGAGGCUUCACUUGUUUUUUAAAGGUUUUCAACUCUUUUUUCCUUUUUUAAACUUUCAUCACUGCACUCAAAUCUGUUUCCAUGUGAUCAAAGUUGGAUCUUCCCAGAACAAAUACAGUCUUCCACUGGGUCAGGGGGGAGAGGGUCUUUGUUGUUCACCCCUCCUGGUUUUUAUUUGAAUAUGAUCAGUGUUUUAACGCGAUGUGACGUGCAGCCAGUAGGAGGCAGUGCUGGACUUUCAGAUUCAGCUUUGAUCACUUCGGACAUUUUAGUUAAUUUUACAUUAUUUUGAACAGAAGAUUUUUGUUAACGACCCUUAAAUGCAUCGUUCGCCUUGUGGCUGCAUCCUUCAGUCUCUGCCAAUGUGAAACGAGUUUAACUUCUGUCGACACUUUUGUCCAACUCUGGUUCUUCUUCGUAAAGUCUUCACCUGAGACAGGGUUGGAGUGUUUUUAUCUCUUCUGUUAUGUUCUACGGAGUCUCAAUAAAAACUCUUCAA